GCAGUAACCAUGUAGAAUACUUUUUUCAAACGCACACUGCUAAGAUGGAGUUUUUGGUUUGUAUAAAAAGGAGGGCCACUCUAACUGAAAUCGUCACAUCUUUUAACUCCUCGUUCGCUAAAGACAUACGAAAAUACUUUACAGUAAUGCUUUCUUUCAAAAUUGCGCUAAUCUUUGCGGUGCUGCUGGCAGUGGUUUACUGCCAAGAGGCGGCCAAUGGAGAUUUAGAGAUGGCUGAGUCUAAAGGCAAGAAACAUAUGAGUUCUGGCAGCAGUUAUGGAGGUAGCAGCGGCUAUGGCGGAGGAAGCCACUAUGGAGGCGGAAGUAGCUAUGGAAGUAGCAGUGGUUACGGUGGCGGAAAAAGCAAAGGAAAAGGUGUAAAAGGCAAAGGAGGGAAGGGAAAAGGAAAAGGAGGCAGUAGCUACGGCGGAAUGGGCGGAUAUUAAUACUCUAAGAGACAUCGCAUCAGAUAACACUUAGAAGACGCAUAUCGACGCGACAGGAGGAAGCGCCGAUCAGUCAAUAUAUUGUUCCAAAUCGACACUCGCAUUCGUAUCAUCUUGCUAUAUAAAGCAA